CGUCAGUAGCAGUAACGUUAUAUCCAACAUGGAGGACGGUGGAGUGUUAGUUGAGAAACCUCAGGACGACGUACCGGCAAUGCUUAGUUCACGGCCCCAGACCGGCUUGUCUUUCUUGGCUCCCGAACCAGAGGAUCUGGAAGACCUCUAUAGUAGAUAUAAGAAGUUACAACAAGAGCUGGAGUUUUUGGAGGUCCAGGAGGAGUACAUUAAAGAUGAGCAGAAGAACCUGAAGAAGGAGUUUCUCCAUGCCCAGGAGGAAGUGAAGCGGAUACAGAGUAUACCCCUCGUCAUUGGCCAAUUCCUGGAGGCUGUGGACCAGAACACUGCCAUUGUGGGCUCCACCACAGGCUCCAACUACUAUGUGCGCAUCCUGAGUACAAUAGACAGAGAGCUGCUGAAGCCCAAUGCGUCUGUGGCUCUGCACAAGCACAGCAAUGCACUUGUGGAUGUGCUGCCUCCAGAGGCAGACAGCAGUAUCAUGAUGCUUACCUCAGAUCAGAAACCAGAUGUGAUGUAUGCUGACAUUGGUGGUAUGGACAUACAGAAGCAAGAAGUGCGGGAGGCAGUAGAGUUGCCCCUCACACACUUUGAGCUUUACAAACAGAUUGGCAUUGACCCACCAAGGGGUGUUCUGAUGUACGGGCCGCCCGGCUGUGGGAAGACCAUGCUGGCAAAAGCGGUGGCACACCACACUACUGCGGCCUUCAUUCGCGUGGUGGGCUCAGAGUUUGUUCAGAAGUAUCUUGGCGAAGGCCCGCGCAUGGUGCGUGAUGUGUUUCGACUGGCUAAAGAGAACGCCCCGGCCAUCAUCUUUAUCGAUGAGAUCGAUGCCAUUGCUACCAAGCGUUUCGAUGCGCAAACUGGAGCUGACCGAGAGGUGCAGCGAAUCCUCCUUGAGCUGCUAAACCAAAUGGAUGGAUUUGACCAGAAUGUCAAUGUGAAGGUCAUCAUGGCCACUAACAGGGCAGACACCCUUGACCCUGCUCUGUUGCGACCUGGCAGGCUUGACCGUAAGAUUGAGUUCCCCUUGCCGGACAGGCGGCAGAAACGGCUUAUCUUCUCCACCAUUACCAGCAAGAUGAAUCUGUCUGAAGAGGUGGACCUGGAGGACUAUGUUGCUAGGCCAGACAAGAUCUCUGGAGCAGACAUUAACUCCAUUUGCCAAGAGGCUGGCAUGCUGGCUGUGCGUGAAAACCGCUACAUUGUGCUCGCUAAGGACUUUGAGAAGGCCUACAAGACCGUUAUCAAGAAGGAUGAGCAGGAACAUGAAUUCUACAAAUAGAGAUAUCCCUACCAUAUCGGCAUUAGCAUGACACCCCCCACCCCCUCCCCCUUCCUUUUGAAUUUUGUGGUUUUCAGCAUUUGUAAGGACCGUGUAUUGUUGUUGGCUAGAAGAUUGUUCUUGACUUUAAGUUUCAGCUGUGAGUACAGGGACUGACUUUACUGCUAUUUGUGUAUACAAACACAGAUUCCUGCACACAUCUGCAACAUUUUAUGUUCUCGCCAUAUUAAAAUUGUACACAGUAAAAAGAACCAAUAAAAUGUUUUCCAUAAAACUAACAAGCUCAAGGUUUACUUCAGAAUUAUUUUGUAGUUUAUGGUUUUUGUUUAGAUGUCAGUACCAGAAUGAGUUAUUCUAUAUGUACAGGUUGGUGAAAUAGAAUUUAAUUUUGGUAAUCAAGAAGUUGGUUUUCCUUGUCUUUUUAUUAAACUAAGUAAAAUCUCAAA